AUGCCUGACGUUUCCAAGCACGCGGCCGUGCUUCAGGACCUGAAGAAUGGCUCCAUUCGCACUUUGGGCGUGAGCAUCGGGCCGGUCACAAUUACACCCGGACUGAAAGUCGCGAAAGCAGAAACGCACGUAACACCCAAACUCACGGUGCCCUCGGACCUACCGAAAGACUCGACGUACGCGGUCAUCUGUCUCGACCUGGAUGCACCAUUCAUCUCGUGGAAUUUCAUGAGCCCGAUCGCCCAUUUAAUUCAAACGGACCUUAAAGUCAGCCAGACAGAAGCAGGAGAGCUUGAGCUCAAAAGCAGCGAGCCCGCAAUUGGUGCCUGGGCUGGCGCUGGUCCUCCGCCGGGAGCGCAGCCUCACCGUUACGUCUUUUAUCUCUACGAGCAAAAGACAGAUUCAUCUGUUGCCUCGAAGAUAAAGCCGUUCGGCAUUACGCAGCGCAUGAGGUUCGAUAAUGAUGCUGUGGUGAAACAAUUGGGUUUGGGGCAGGUUGUUGCAGCGAAUUACUUUGUUUCGAACUAG